CCUCGUCAGACCGAGGCGCCUGCCUUUCUCACUGGAUCUGGCAACACUGGAUAGGGUUACAGUCACCCGUCCCGAUCUUCAAAUAGCAGCAGCGAAGAUCGACAGCCGCCCGAGUCCGGAGAAUUGAAACUGAAAUUCAACACCGCCCGUUUCUGCAGCGCCUCAGCCGGUAAAACGUGCUACUCAUCCCGGCUCGCGCGUCUUCUAGCUUGUUCCAGAACGACGACUGAGCGGUUAGUUCACGUGCUGUUUUUAAAAUACAACAACCGGUAACUUUAAACGAGCGGAGCUGAGCGAACACCGAAGCGCUUCCUUCGGCGUUUACUUUCCGGCGUUUCGACUUUAUACGUGAUUCUACCACGUACCAACAUGCCUCAGAAACGGCGCUCGCAGUCGUGGACGGAGCUCAAACAAACCGGUAACGAGUGUUUCAGAGCCGGUCAGUACGGAGAAGCGGUGAACCUCUACAGCCAGUCCAUCCAGCUGCUGGUGAAGUCCGGUCAGAAGAACAAGGAAGAUCUGGGUAUUCUGUACUCCAACAGGGCCGCCAGUUACUUGAAAGACGGAAACUGCAAUGAAUGCAUUAAAGACUGCACAUCGUCUCUUGAACUGGUUCCGUUUGGAUUCAAAGCUCUUCUUCGCCGGGCGUCAGCUUAUGAAGCCUUGGAGAGAUACAGACAGGCGUAUGUAGACUACAAAACUGUUUUACAGAUAGACUGGAACAUACCGGCUGCUCACGACGGCGUCAACAGAAUGACCAAGGCUCUGACGGACAUAGACGGGCCAUCUUGGAGAGAGAAACUGCCUCCGAUUCCCACCGUUCCGAUGUCCGUGAAGGAAAGCCUGGCGCAAGCCGCCAGCUCGUCCCCCAGAGCGCAGCAAAACAGAGGGAUUGACGACAAGAAAAAAGCACCAGGAGCUGAAGCUGCUAAAAAGGCCAAGGCUCUGAAGGAAGAAGGCAACGCGUUUGUGAAGAAGGGCGAACACAAGAAAGCCUUGGAGAAAUACACGCAGUCGCUCGCUCAAGACCCCACAGAGGUCACGACCUACACAAACCGGGCUCUCUGCUACCUGUCAUUGAAGAUUUACAAAGAAGCUAUUAGCGACUGCAGUGAGGCUCUUCGAUUGGAUUCCGCCAACAUUAAAGCUUUUUACCGACGUGCCCAGGCAAACAAGGAACUCAAAAACAAGAAAUCUGCCGUUGAAGAUCUUAACAGCGUGCUCAAAAUUGAGCCAAACAACACGGCGGCGCAGAAACUACUGCAGGAAGUACAGAAGAUGAAAUAACCAUGACUGUACAGUGAGGAAACUUUCCCCAAGUGCCUCGAGCCGAUCUGCCUCUCAAAGCUGCAAUGUUUGCUACAGACUUCAGAUAUGCACGUCAUUAUGCUAUAUUACAUCUAAGAAAUAAUUUGAGUGUUCAUGUUCACAUGAGCACAUUCGGUGUAUAGUUAAUAUAGCAAUCGUGUUUCUUUCUGAAACUCCACCUGUGUGUCUGAGAUCAAACCUGUUCUGCUAAUUACACUCGUUCAUUUAAUUAUUCUUUAACUGAAUGCUAUAUUGAGUUAGCAUAUGGUUUUUAAUGUGUCUUUCAUUGCACACAUAACUGACCGGCUCUUUUUCGGGCAAUAUUUUAAUUCCUAUUUCACUUUAGAUUGACUCAAAGGCAAACAGAAUUAGGGCUGUAUUUUCUACAAAAUAUUUUUUUUUUCCUUUUACUUUUUUGCGCAAAGACUAUUGUACUCUUGUGAGUCAAUUACUGUCACAAACAUUGUUUAUAUACACUUGUAAAGACUUGACACCUGUAUUUAUUGAUGUUUCAUAAAGCAUUUUGCAUCAAGACAACAUAAACGGGUCUUUAUAUUAUUUAAAUAAUGUGCUGUAGGCAUGUGGUAAUAAAGGAAAAUGUUCAGGAAUAUUGUAUUUCUGUAAACCGGAGUGUCAUCUCUUUUUCUUUUUUGUAGAAAUUAGCAUUACUAGAAAAACUAUGUAUACAGGUAGUAUAACUGAGAGCUUUUUUUUUUGGCCCUAUCAAAAUAUAUCAGCAAUUGGCUUUUAUUUUUAACAAACAGGAAAAAGUAGCAUUACAUCACUUGCUCACCUUGCUCUUCUGCAGUGAAUGGGUACCGCCACACAAUUGAUAAAAACAUCACAAUAAUCCACAACCAAUUCCCAUCUUGUGAAAUAAACAGCUGCACCUUUGCGAUAAAAUCCAUCGAGGCGAUUUUUUAACCAUUACUUCUGGUUAGUCUUCCAUUCAUACUAUUGCCUUCUCCAGUUAAAACAUCAUCUUGCCUGAAUCAGGAGAGAAAUAUACACAGAUCAAGUUUACGAGCAAAUAGAAACCAAAAGAGUUUUAAACAAAUAACAGUGGGAUUUAGAAUCAUAUUUUGACCAGAAGACAAUAAUUCAAAACAAGACCUAAACUGAUAAGACUGGAGUGGAUUGUGUUUUUAUCAGCCGUUUGGACUCUCGUUCCGACGGCACCCAUUCGCUGCAGAGAAUCCACCGCUGAGCAAGUGAUGUCAUACUAAAUUACUCAGAAUCUUCUGAUGAAGACACCAUUUCCUGUGGAUGAGACAUUUUCAGCAAGUUUGCUCAUAACUACCCCCUUAAACUUGCAUGGAACCUGGAACAUGGCCCUAAAUCAGUCACCAAGCUGGGUCCUGAUGAGUUCGGCUCCAACCCUAAUCAAACAAACCUGAAGCAGCUAAUCAAGGUCUCACUAAGUAUACUUGAAACUUCCAGGCCGCUGUGUUGAGGCGAGUUGGAGCUAAACUCUGCAGGACACUGAACCCUGCCUUUAAUGCUUAAACAUCUACACGUCAUUUAAUUCUACACUUUUGCUUAUAGAAGAGUGAGAAGACUUGCUCAAUUGAUUGUACACCACUACGAAAAACAAUACAGCUCGAUUUGGAACUGAUAAAACUUUUAUUUCACUUUAAAUUGUCUUUUACACUUUCCUGAUUAUAACAUGUAAGGUGAAACUAGAACUGUUUUAAAAGACAUACACAAAUCUAGUAUUACGUCAAUAACCAGGUUGUAUUAUUUUUUUUUGUCGUUUUGCAAUUUUUUUUUCCUUAAGCUAGUCUAAAUUUUCACAACCACGUGCGCGCUAAGCAAUGAAACCGUCACAGAAGCUAACUUUAGGCAGAAUACUGGUCAGUAAAAACAAAGCAAUUGGAGAUACCAGAUAUACAGACAGGCUCGGCUCCACAUUCACUACUGUAUUUUUUGUAAUCAAGCGUAGAAUAACUGCCAUUUGUUCAGCUAAGGGGAGAUAGAGAGAGAGAGAGAGAGAGAGAAAUUUCGUCUUCAGU